AGCGCCGCCAGUUCUACCCCGAGGCGUUCAGGGGAAGCACUCACACGCCCGCCAGAUUUCGAACCGAGCGGGUGAGGGAGGAUGUGCUGACCCCGCGCAGCUCUCUAGCACGAACCUGAAGGGCGGUAGAACUUUGCAGUGUGCGUUGUGGUGGUGCUGCCGGCGGGGCUCCUUCAUGAGAGGGAUUCCGUGAGCGCGAGGAACACCGGAGAAGAUAACGAGAAGUGUGAGAUAAAGAGAGAGAGGAGAAGGAGGAGGGGAGUGACCGUGCUGGAGGCGAGAUGAAGACGAGGUUAAAGUUCCUGCCGCCGCCGCUGCUGCCGCUGCUGCUGGUGGGGCUGCCUUCCCUCGUCUCGGGCCAAUGUUUCGGCGGGACUCUGACGAUGGAGAAGACAGUGGGGGUGACCUUCAAUGAGCCCUCCACGCCGCUCUUCAACAACCUGGACGCUGCCAUCACGAGCGACUGCAACGGGUUCUGCAAGGAUAGUCCGCAGUGUCAAGGCUUCAGUGUGGAAUAUGAAAAGUCUACGUGUGUCGCCUAUGACCGGAGUUCCUCGGGGCGCCGCUCCUCGCUGGUGGCCAAGCCGGGGUUCAACUACUUCGAGAAGAUCUGCCUAACGGGGGGGUCACCGCAGCUGGACUACAACCAGCUGUGUGGCCAGGAGAGGCUGUGGUCCUUCGAGCGAGUGUUGGACUCCUUCCUUGAAGGUCACGACAACAAGACCUUCCCGAACGUGGACAAGCGCGCCGACUGCCUCAAGCUGUGCCUGGCCGAGACGGAGUUCGUGUGCAGGUCCUGUGAGUACGACAUCACGCAGAAGGUGUGCCGCCUGAGCCGCGAGGACCGCAGGACCAAACCAGCGGACUUUGUUUCAUCGCCAGGAUCCUUCGUCGACUACAUGGAGAACCAGUGUGUGAUGCCGCUGCCAGACUGCCGCUACGUGGUCCAGAACGAGGUGAUGGUGGUGUCCAUGGACGCCCUCGAGUUCGCCAACAUCCAGAGUGACUGUGAGAGUCUGUGUGACACGACGCGCAUCAUGAACUGCCGCGCCUACACCUUCGACCCACAGGAGAAGAGGUGUUAUCUCUCCGGGGACGACUCGGUGUCCCUCAAUCAGACGGUGCUGCCGCUCAAGGCUGGCGUGCUGACCGGCGAGAAACAGUGCACCGUCAGUCAGUGCGAGCAGGACCAGGGCACCAUCAUCUACGAGAAGAUCACGGGCCAGACUGUGCGGACGGCGCGAGAAUCAGCCUACCAGCUUGACACGAGCCCCGGCGGACUAAGCGAGAAGUGCGCCAGCCGCUGCCGCGAAGACUCCGGCGAGUGUCCAGCCUUCGCCGUGGACUACGUGCUGGGGCGGUGCUUCCAGCUGGACCGCAACACGCAGGGACGCAACACGGACAUCAUCAGCACACCGGGCAAGAGUUACUUCGAGAAGAUAUGUGUGCGAGCCAAGUUGCCGCCGCAGUGCAUCGACCGAGUGUGGCACUUCGAACGCGCGCCGGGUAUGGAGCUGAGGGGCCUCGACGACCGCCAGCAGACUCUCGUACAGAGUCGCCGCGACUGUAUAGAGGCGUGCCUCCAGGAGACUAGCUUUUUGUGCAGGUCUGCUGAGUACGACUCAGUGCAGCUAGUGUGUCGCAUAAGCCGCAGCGACCGACGCACCAACCCCGACAGCUACGUGGAGGCUGCCUCUCCCAGCACAGAGUACCUGGAGAACCAGUGCAUUCCUGUGGACGACAGGUGCCCUUACCGCAAAACAGAGGGCGCCUACCCUGUUUACCUGGACGACACCAUCGGCAGUGUGCUGUCGGAGCAGCAGUGCCAGCGGUCCUGCACCAACUACCGCAAGUUCAACUGUCGCUCGCUGUCCUUCUACCCCGCCGGCUCGCAGUGCUUCAUCUCCGGCGACGAUAAGGUGUCCGGAGGAGGCACUGCAGCCCUGCAAAACAGACCCGGCACCACCUACUUUGAGAGAGACUGCAGGGGUGGUAGCGGUGGCGGUGGCGGUGGCGGAGGUGACGGCGGUGGCAGCAUCGGAGGCGGCAGCGGUAGUGGUAAAGACGAUGGUACUACGGGAGGAACCGAUGGCACCACGUUGAACCUGCUACCCCCGAUACGCCCCACCACCUUCAGGCCGCGGCCGCGGCCUCGCCCUGGCGGAGGCGGAUUUUCCUUCGCAGUAGAUCGGUGCAGACUAGGCAGCCUCACCUACGAGAAGGUCACGGGCUACGAGCUUACCGGGGUCAAGUCCAACAUCCUCAACUCCAGCCUCGUCCCAGGCAUCACCCAGAACUGUGCUGACGCCUGCAAGAACGCGGACGGCUGCAUGGCCUUCAAUCUGGACUACAACAGGUUCGAAUGCUAUGCCCUGGACACGGGAUCCUCUGAGAAACCACAGAACCUUCGCCAGUCCAGCGGCGCCGCCUACUUCGAGGCUGUGUGUCUGAGAAGGGGCGGGUGCGGCCUGCUGUGGACCUACGAGAGGAUACCAAACUUCGAGCUGGUGGGCAGAGAUCGAGAAACAUUGAACGGCAUCAGCAAGUCGGAGUGCAUGGAGCGGUGUCUGGAGGAGCGGCGGUUCGUGUGUCGCUCCGUCAGUUACGAGUACUCCAACCGCGUGUGUCGCCUCUCCAUCCACAACCGGUUCUCGGCUCGCAACUCCUUCCAGGCCGCGCCCAACGUGGACUACAUGGAGAACCAGUGCGCUCCCAAGCCUCGCGACUGUGUGUACGGCAACAACCAACGUGACCGCUACCUCAUCUACACCACCAAGUCCACCUCAGCCUUCACAGACGCCACCUGCCGCAGGGCGUGUGAUCUGGAGGAGGACUUCAACUGUCGCUCCUACUCCUUCCUGAGCAUGAGCAACACACAGACCAACCAGUGCUACCUGAGCGGCGACACUGGCACGGACGCAGGAAACAACGCCUUCCAGUUCAUGCGAGGCGCCAUGUUUGCAGAGAAGCAGUGCAGAGACUUCAGCACAGGUGGAGGUGGAGGUGGCUUUGGUGGAGCGGGAGGAUCCGGAGGUGGUGGCAGUGGUGGUGGUGGCGUUGGUGGGUCUGGCUUUGGAGGAGGUGGAGGAGGAAUAGGAGGCACUGGUGGAGGAAGUGGAGGAGGGUUUGGAGGCUUUGGUGGAGGCAGACCAGGCUUCGGUGGAGGAGGAAGUGGACCAGGCUUUGGUGGCGGGAGUGGAGGCAGACCAGAUUUUGGAAGUGGAGGAAGUGGAUCAGGCUUCGGUGGAGGUGCAGGCAGACCAGGUUUUGGUGGAACAGGAAGUGGAGGAGCUGGUCGCCCAGGUUUCGGUGGAGGUAGUGGAUCAGGCUUUGGUGGAGGAAGUGGAGGCAGACCAGGGUUCGGAGGUGGAGGUAGUGGAACAGACUUUGGUGGAGGUGCAGGAAGGCCAGGAUUCGGUGGAACAGGAGGUGGAUCAGGCUUUGGUGGAGGUGCAGGUAGGCCAGGGUUCGGUGGUGGAGGAAGUGGAGGUGGAUUUGGAGGAGAUGCAGGCAGACCAGGGUUCGGUGGAGGUAGUGGAACAGGCUUUGGUGGAGGAGCAGGCAGACCAGGUUUCGGUGGAGGUAGUGGAACAGGUUUUGGUGGAGGAGCAGGUAGGCCAGGGUUCGGUGGAGGAGCAGGAGGUGGAUCAGGGUUUGGUGGAGGAAGUGGAGGAGGUGGUGGAGUUUUUGGCACUGGAUUCGGAGGAGGUGGUGGAGGUGACAGAGACUUCGGUGGAGCAACAGGGCCUGAUCUAGACAGCGGCGGAGGCAGCGUUGGUGGUGGUGGUGGUGGUGUUGGUGCAGGAGGAGAUCCUGAGGACGAGGAGGACACUAAGUCUCCUUCCUUAGUGAACGAGUGCCGCUUCACCCCGACCUACGACAAGGUGCUGGGCGUCGACCUGCGAGGACAGCGGGAAGAAAUCCGCACCCGUGACCAGCUGGGCAUCACCAUCGAGUGCUUGAAGGAGUGUGACCGCCGCCGGGACCGCUGCCUGGCCGUCACACUAGACACAUCGCCCUCCACGGCCCAGCGCUGCUACGCCCUCCAGCGCGGCACUGACAACGACCCCAACAAGCUCACCACGGCGCCCACCGUCUCCUUCUUCGAGAAAACCUGCAUUCCGGAGCGGUCCUGCGGGAAGGCGUGGGCGUUUGUGCGAGUGCCGGGCUACGACCUAGAAGUGAACGGGCUGGUCCUCAACAACGUGCCCACGCGCCAGGAGUGCCAAGCGGAGUGCCUCAGGGCCACCAACAUCCCCUGCAGGUCCGCCACGUACAACAUCAGACUGCGCACGUGCAGGCUGAUGGCGGAGACCAGACGCACUGACCCGGAGAGUUUCAAUCCAGCGACCCGCGAUGUGGAGUUCCUUGAGAAUCAGUGUGCUCCAGAUCCGCCAAACUGUGACUACGCCAACUACGAGGGUCGCUUCCUGCCUUACUUCGACCGCUACUUCACCAACGUGUUCGACACCACUGAGUGCAAGAAGUACUGCGACACUGAGCGGGACUUCACCUGCCGCAGCUUUAACUUCCAGUCCUUCAGGAGGGAGUGCUCGCUCAGCUCGGACGACACUUUCACCGUCGGCGGCCAGGGCGUCCUGCAGGUCGAGAGGGACUAUUUUUACUCCGAGAAGGGCGCCUGCAAGACAGUGAAGGUAGACUGCACGCCCACCGACAUGCUGGUCACCUUCUCCUUCGGCACGCCUUUCAAGGGUCGCUUGUACGCCACGGGUAACGCCCAGGCGUGCUUUGAGAUGGGCAACCGCCAGACGCAGGUGAUCCUGAGGGUGCCGCUGGGCUCCACGUGUGGCACCAUAGAGGAGUCUGACGGGAAGUUCGUGAACACGGUGGUGGUGCAGCAACACCCGCUCAUCAUGCAGGAAUCUGACCGCACCGUCAAGGUGGAGUGCUCCUUCGAGGCAGGAGACCAGACCGUCAGCUUCGCUCCGGGGUCAGACGACAGCAGAACAGGUGGCGGCAUCGACAUCAACGCGCAGUUCCGACCUGGAGGCGUGACGGACAUCAUUAGCAACACGGCGCCCACUCCAACAGUUCGCAUGCGCAUCUAUAGAGCCAACGGGCAGGAGGCGAACAACGUGGACCUGGGCGAGCUGCUGACACUGAGGAUCGAGAUGGAACAAUCGUCUGCCUUCGCUAUCUUCGCCCGCAACCUGGAGGCGCGUACGGACAACGGAGAGCUGAUGACGCUUAUUGAUAACGUUGGCUGCCCGCCUUACCCCAACAUCUUCCCGGAGCUGCAGCUGGACGAGCGCACCAAGAGCCUCUACGGGGACUUCAAGGCAUUCCGCUUCCCCUCUACAGCUCGCGUCAACUUCGUGGCCACCAUCAGGUUCUGCCAGGACGCGUGCGAGCCGGUGCCGUGCGGGGGCGGGGUGGUGUCAUACGGGCGUCGGCGGAGGAGUGUGGGCAACAUGACGGUGGAGGAGGAGGAGGAGCAGGAGCAGGAUGAGCAGGAGAUGGUGGUGGAGGUGUCAACGGACGGUACAAGUGACAGCUCCUUCACCUUCACCCUCGGCUCGUCCCCUCGCAGUGUUGACGUGCCUCUCAAAACCACCAAGAGAUCCGUUUCAUCUUCCUCUUCCACCUCCACAACCACGACCACCACCACCACCACCACGGGCAAGUCCACAUCCAGAAGUAGCAGCAGCAGCGCCUCCACCAUCUCCACCUCGCCCAGUCCCAGCUCUUCCACCGCCUCCACAAACUCCACCAGCGAGAAGGAACCUGAUGUGGAGACGCCAGAUGAUAUUCCUGUGGCCUUGUCUCUGGUGGUGGGAGAGGACACAAUGCCAGAAGGAUGGGACGAGAGGGGACGCCAUCGGUAUCGUGAUGAAACAUACGUGGCUGACGACUACGUGUGCACCCCCACCUCUACCGUCAUCGCCGCUGUACUAACGCUGCUGGUUCUUCUCUGCGCGACCGUCACUGGCUUCGUUUUCUUCUACCGUACCAAGAAGCGACAUUGGCAGAAAAUGGGAAGUUGUGAGCCGUUCCCGCUUCCCCCGCAGCCCAAGUCGCAGUUCUUCAACAGCUCGGACGUAAUGUUCCGGGCGGCGUACGGCGGCUUCCCUGGACAGUCCCACCUCGCCUCUAACAUGGCGGCUUUCAACACUGCCCACGCCCUGGCGGCCAUGCAAGAGGAGUCGCCGCAGUACAAGGAAUAACGCCGCCACGCUCCUAGGCGCCUAGGACCUGCAUGCCUGCCAGAUUAGUAUGUUAUGCUUUCACAAACCUGAUGUCCUGUCUCUCGCCCAAACAGUAACCUCCAUAGCGCACCACCUUACAUUGUAUCCCGGACACACAAACCAGUACGUGAGGGAGGAGGAGGCCGUGCAUCCCGAGCCAUCGUUGUACAGAGGGAGGCGCCGCCAGCAGCGCCCUGUGGUCUGCCCGGCGCCUUGCGUGUGGCUGGGCCAGGCCACGCUCUGCUUCGCCUCACCUGAUGGCUCAUAUUUUUAUACGACAAUUGUUUAGUUAAGACGUUCAAUCAAAUGUAACUUAGUUAUAUUUAUGAUGAAGCUUGUGUCUGAGGUUUUUGUAACUUAGAUUAAGGCCAGAGAGAACCAACCAGUCACCGGAGCUACGCGCCAGGCAGGGGGCCACGCGUGGGUGGCGCGGCGUGCCAGCCUCCCACCGCCUUGCCCGCCGUCCAGCCCCGCCCUCCCCCGCCACACUACCGCCCUGGACAUGAUGCCCACGCCAGUGCCGCUCACGCCUGGCUGCCUGCACCGCACCACCGCGUACUGCUGCAGCGUUACCUGGUUGUUAGAAAGCAAAUUCUCCUCAUCACGUGAUUGCUAAGCUUCAGUUUUCAAGGCUACCCAAAUAUUCACGUUGCUGCAAAUUAGUUCCCCCCAGUCAUGCUGCCGCCCGUCCGGUGCACCAGCCUGGCGGCGCCAGUGACCCUAAGACGAGCAGCGUUGUGUCCCCGCCUGCGCUUCGCUCCCGGGUCUCACCCUCCAAACGUGGCCCGUGCGUGACUAACACAGACAACCCUCGGUGCCUCGCCAACAACCCGGCUGAGGAAUGAGUCACGCCCGCGCCUUAAACCCGCCGCACCUCUUCCCUGUGCAUAAACCGCCACCACCACCCAACCCCUAGCCCCUCAGAGCACGUGGGUCCAGAAUGCUCAUCGAAAUAGUUAGUGAUAAUCAAGAUUAGGUAUAGAGGAGUAUCCCAAAAGGAGUGUGUGCCAGGCGACACCCUCACCACACACUGCUGCCGCGCCUCUGAGACGGCACGCAGCUGUGUGUGUGUGUGUGUGUGUGUGUGUGUGUGUGUGUGUGUGUGUGUGUGUGUGUGUGUGUGUGUGUGUGUGAGUGUUUGUGUGAGGUAUGGUGCCUUUCACUCAAGUCUGCCACAAUUCCCCCUGGCCCGCGUGAUGUCGCCGCUCGGGAAGGUGCGCGGUAUUGCGCGGCUCACGGAGAAUCAGUCAUUGUGUCUACUGUUAAGGCGGCGCGUCAGGUCAGCACUGAGUGUGACGCGAUAGGAAAUAGGUGAUGCAUUAGAAUAAUAAUAGCCGUAAGUGACAAAAAAAGAGCACAUCAGUACUGCUCGGCUGAGGCUUCCCUCCACUCACUCCAAUGCCUCGCCUCCCGCACCAUGGGGGACCCUCGGCCUUUACUCCUGCCUCUACGAGACUCACACGGCGCCGGGCAUCACGGGGCGCGGCGGUUACCCAUGAGCCCACCCAGCGUCGUGGCUGCACGCCAUUACUACUCUGUUCUGGGUGUGGUGGUGGUGGUGGUGGUGGUGGUGGCUACGUGUAUUUCUAAACAGAAUCAAAGUAUCGAAUCAGUAUUUCAGUCAGUAUUUCGUAGCAUGCAUCGCGUGGCGUGUGCGGGGGUGGCGGCGGCGGCCUGACGGAGGGUUGUGGAGUACUACUAGCGAGUCCAUUCCUGCUCACCACUGGGCACUUGUGUUGUUGAGGAGCGAGGCGGUGGGCGGGCCACACUUCUCCUCCCACCAUGGCCUGGCGCCUCGCCUCGCAGGCCUCACAACGCCCGCCACACUCUCAUCCACCAACUUUCCAAUACUUUCCUUUAGUUUUGAGUAUGAGUACACUCUAAGUGUUGUAACCUGUUUGUGAGCACACCUUACGUCACCAGCAGCCGCCAGCGGUCAGUCGGACUGGCCAGGUAAACAGUGGCGCUGGUCCACUCCACGGCAGAUAAUGGUCCGAGUCACACUCCAGUGAGCCGCCAUGGUGCUCGCGUGCCGCCACCAUGCAGCGCAACACUGGCGGGAGUGGCUACAGCGGCGAGGGCGUGCCGUGCGUGCAUGCGUGUGUCUGUGUGGAGGCUGGACAUGGUGCCGUGGAGGAAGCAGCCCACACAGGGACAGAAUGUGGGAGGGAAAGGCUGGGCUGGGGUCUGCAGUCCUGCCGGUGUGCGCAGCACGCCACCACACCUGACGGAGGCGGCGCCAAUAAAGACAUGUCUCCUGAA